AUGCCCAAGAAGAAAGGAAAAAAUGUAAAGAAAAGUAAAGGAAAAGGAAAGAAAGAAGGCAAACAUGAGUCAAAAGCCGAUAAAGAGUCUGACAUUGAGAAGGCAAAGGCCAAUGCUGCUCUUUGGGAAGCCAGGCUGGAUGUCACUGAACACUCGCGCGUGGAGUACCGUGAAGCUACCCGCAGGUUGGCACGAGCCAACGAAGAGCUCACUAACCAGCAGUAUCGUGCAGAGAAGGACACAGUUGACAUAAUUGCCUUCUUGAAGAGGAAAGAUGCUGAGAAAGAAGAAAAGAUUACAAGGCUAGAGGGACAACUUAAAAGUAAAAAAAAACAAGCCCUUGAAGAAAAUGAACAACUGGUUGCAGAAUACACUCUUAAAAUCAAUGAGCUGGAGGAGAAGUUUGAGAAGAGAUCCAAUGAGUUCAGGAUGAUCCAGGGUGAACUGAAGACUAUCAAGGAGUUUCGGAAAAAGAAAGCCCAGAUGGAGCAGGAGCUCAAUAGUAUUAAAGAAAGCAUGUACAUUGCAGACAGAGAGCACAAGGAGAGCCUAGCUAGAAUGGAGCACAAAUUCUUCAGUGAAAAGGUUCGCCUAGAGAAAGAGGCCGAGCAGAGGAUCGCCCAGCUGGCUGAGAGGGCCCACAAUGAAGCCAUUGUUCAGUUGGAUGAUGCGUCACGCUCAGUGUUCAAGGAGAACGUUCGUCUCAGCGAGGCGCUCAGCUGCCAUAUGAAGGAGGUAGAUGACCUGAGGAAGAUGACUGUGUCAUUGGCUGAGGAAAACACCUCCCUGGCACUGCAUAAGGAGACCAGUGAGCUGAUGAUGAAGGAGAAUGUGUCCCAGGUAAGGGCCCAGAAGGAGGAGAUAGCAGAGCUUAGGGGGAAGGUGGGGACCUUGGAGCAGGCCCUGGGGCUCAUGGUGGGGGAGUUUGAGAGAGACAAGGAGGAGACGCAGAACCGAGCCCUGGUCAGCACCCAGGCCGGCCAGGUGGAGCUGGAUAAGCUGCAGAAGGUGCUGGCCAUGAGGGAGAAGGAGAUGGGGCGAGUGAAGCGGCUGGCACGCAGCAUCGUGGAGCAGCGCACAGAGCUGGAGUGCUUCUUUCAGGAGGCUUUGGGCCAGGUGAAGCAAGAGAUCCAGGCCAGCCGUUUGCAGUACAGGCAGGAGGCCCUGGAGGCCUACCGCAGGAGGAUGAGUGAGGCUCGGUCAGGCAAGCAGGAGUAUCCCCGUAUCCGCACCUUCCACAAAACCCCUCACAGCAGCAACAGUGUCUAUACCGACCUGGAAGAGGCAGAGAAGUGGAAUAAUCUCCAGAGCAACAAGGUUGACAUCUCUGAACUCACAUGGGAGCAGAAGGAGAAAGUGCUUAGACUGCUGUUUGCCAAAAUGAACGGACAGAAAGCAAGGUAACAUCUAGCUACUACAUUGUGUGGGUCCUGUGUUGUCUGCCAGCAGACAUGCUCAU